AUGGAACAGCUCUCUGUCAUUGAGACCUUAGUGAGAAAUAUGCAGGCGCCAUCUUCUCUCAGUGAGGGGCCCGCCUCGAGCAGUCGCACACAGCUAUGGCAGUCAUUAUUGGCCCCGGCGGCUACGCGUGGGAGCAACUCCUCGGAUACAGAUCGUGUCAUGAUCAGCUUCAACCUAGACGCGAGCUUCAAAGCGGCCACUGAUAAAAUUCUUCAAUGGCCUAUAUUUGAGAGGCUAUUAUCCUCAUGUCAACGGUUUCAAUUCAUCGAUUUUUACGGAGCAGAAACAUAUACAUAUCUUGAUGAUCUCUUCACACAGCCAAGGCCGUCAACAUCUCUCUCACCAGGGGCCCUUUUGACCGAACCGAACCGGGGUAUUCAUAUCUCUAAUGAGAGGGAAGAUAUUGAAGUGCUUGUAGACCGCUUCUUCAACAGAGUCAACAACAAGAAUCCGAUACUAAGUCGUCGAAUAGCAACCCAAUACUGCCAGAGGUACUAUGAAGAUGGUCCCCGGUUCGACCUUGAAGCUUGCAUUGUACUUCUAGCCUGUGCUCUUGGAGCUGUUGCGAUGGAAUACUCCCCGCCCGACGCUACUCCAAGCCCUGCUACUCCAGCGCGGUUCUCAUCCACCAGGCUCGAGGAUCUGCAGCUGGGCCGUUGCUAUUUUGCUGCGGCUGAGAAACGUUUAGGGCCAGCGAUGACCGAAGUCAGUACACUGGCAAUCCAGUGCCUUUGCCUUGCCGGGAUCUACCACAUGUUCACCCUCAGACCCAUGCAAGCCUCUCGCAUGUUCCACGAUGCAGGAUCCUCACUGAGAAUCCUAAUGUCAACUAAUCUCAACACGCCUCAGGAAACAUAUCAGCUCUACUUAAAACUCUUCUGGGUCUGUUCUAAUUCAGAACGAGAGCUUCUCGCUGAGCUACCAGUUAAUCCCCCAUCCUUAACAGGACCUGGGACACCUGAUGCGUACCCACUACCACCACGUAUCGAAAACAUUGGCCGGGACGAAUGGUCAGUGCAUGAGGAAGACAGCUGGUACUUCUUCCUAUCUGAGAUAGCUCUUCGACGAAUCGCACAUCAGGUUUCGGAGGUUGUCGCUGAGCACAUUACCAACCGACUAAACUACAACGAGUCACCGGAUAUCCAAGAGCUGGUACCAAUCGUGGCCGAGUUUGAGCAUCAAGUCCACACAUUUCGCGAGCAACUCCCCCAUGCCAUGCAGUUUCCAGACGUCCCUGAGCUAGCAAGUACGGAGUGGCAGCAGUACACGCGCGGGCGCUACUAUCGGGUGCUCGAGCUGAUGCAUAGGCCUUUUCUCUUCACAGCCCUUCACGACCCAAAUUGCGGUCCUGUUGUUCACACGCUGGCUGAAAAGUCUCUUUUCAAUGCCCUGAAAUAUCUCGAGCAUAGCCACACGAACCAUCGCCACCACGGGACGUGGCUGCAACUCCGGAAUCAACUAAAAGAGACGAGCCUCCUGCUCGCUGCAUCUAAGGUAAACGGGUUGGCAAUGCCGGAAGGUUGGGAAGCUGGUGUCAGCAAGUCGCUUUCUACCUUUGACUACUGGCUGCAAGAGUUUCCGUCUUGCAAAACCUACACCAGUAUAAUCUUAACGCUAGCCAAUGGCCCGUGA